GGCACCAUCGAGACAGGCUGCUCAGUUGGGAUAUUGUUGACCGAGGUACAGUGAAAAGCUUCUGUUUGCAAUGAGCUGCCGGCAGCUGAUUAGCUUCACCCGGGUGGUGGAGGAUGGAGACGCUUGGAGGGACGGUGAACGGCGUGUGCCCUGCUCUCCCCUCCCCAGGGAGGGAGGGUUGGACGGGGAGCAGGCCAGGAGCUUCUAUGAAAGCGUCCUUGCUUCCAGCAGCCAGGCCAGCACCAGCUCCAGCUCCAGUGCAGUCCGUAAACACAAGGCCGAGCGGGGGAGAGUGCAGGCAGGUGGCCCCAGUGGACAUCAGGUCGAGGGAAGGCAGAGGAACGGGCAUCUGCUGCUGAAAUCUGCUCAGAACGGGGACCUCAAAAUGCUUCGGAGGUUGCUGGAGACAGGAGUGAGCGAUAUAAACUUCCGGCACAGUUACUACUGUACUGCCACUAUGUGUGCAGCGUACAGUGGGCAGCUGGAAGCGGUGAAGUGCUUGCUGAGUCUUGGAGCUGCAUGGGUCGGCGUGUGUGACUGCACGGGACGCGAUGCUCUGGAUUUGGCCCGACAGGCUGGACAUGCAGAAAUCGUCACCGCUCUGGAGGAAUAUCACACUCGUCCAGAGGAACAAGAAGACGGCAGGACCCUCUCGAUGGCCGCUGGCAAGUUUCACAGCCCAGAUCCUCCGCCUCCGCAGUCCCCCUCCCCUCCCCGGGAGACAGACAGGCAGGCAGGCUCGGCCGCAAGGCGCUGGGCUCUGCUCUGUUGCUGCGCUAAACUGCCGCUGCUCAGUCCCAGCGCAGCGUCUCCCCCGUGCCCGCGCACCACCAUCCGCUUCAAUGGGAGCCGACCAACCGCGCUCGCUCCCGCGACCAGCCCUGUGCUCACCAGGGUCCUAGCGCCCGCCGCCUACCUCAAAACUCUCAUGAAACUCCACGCGUCUCUUAAAGCUCACUGA